GUCCCGUCUACUCAAAAUCCCAUAAUCCCAUAAUCCAUCCUAUCGACACAAAACCCCAUAACCCCACAAGCCAUCACAUCACAUUCACCCCUACAGCAUCCAAACCCCCGACAACAAAAACCCCGCAUAAACCCAGCACCCCAAAACACCAAAACAACCCCUCCAACUCAAGACAUGAAGUCAAAAUACACUCUCCCACCCCAGCACAAACACCGGCACCCUAGCCCACAACACCGGUACCCUAGUCCCGCGCGCGCACCGGCGCUCCAGAUGGCGUUCUAGACCCCCCGCCGCCCCGGCACAUACAGUACACACCCUUGUCUUAGCCUUCCCGAUGCGGCGGCGUGGGGGCGAGGACGGGAUGGGCUGCGGGGUGGAUUCUGUGCUCUAGUCAUGGGGGAAGUGUUGGGUUUUGUUGUUGCGGUGCUGAUCUCGUGUGGGUGUGGGUGUUGGUGCUGGUGGGUGCGCUUCACCAUCCCCACCCGCUGUGCUGCGCUGAGGCAGAGUCAGAGUUGGUAUCGGGAGGAGGGGCUUGCUGCGCUUGGUCUGCAGCGACUUCGUCGGCGGGUGCCUCGUAGGGCACGUAAGGCUCGUUGGACUCGUCGGGGCUGGCGACGGUGGGUGUGUCUGCUUCUGCGGCUGGGUCUGCGUGUGCGAGUGCUUCUGCGUUUUCUGCGGUGCCUGCUUCGCCUUCUGCGGGUGCAUCUGCAUCUGCUACUGCUUGUGUGGGUGCGUCUGCGUCCACGCCCACUGCUGCGUCCGCGUCCGCGGCCUCAAGCAACUCCCCAGGCCGAUACAACUCCUGCACAAUCUCCACCGGCUCGCCCACCGCCUGCACAGCAGCACUCGGCACGACUUCCACCACGGCAGCACCCGCGUCCCACUCGCCCCCGCCAAAGUCUCCAGCCUCGUCGUCCCACUCCACUGCCUGUGUCUCUGCAUCCGGCCCAUCAAUCCCCACCAACUCGCCCUCCUCAUCUCUCAGCCCGCCGGCCUCCGCCUCACCCUCCUCAUCUGAAUCCUCCAGACCCACCUCCAGCCCCUUAAAAGCCCCAACCGUACUCCCACUCCCACUCCCCUC